AUGAGUCUCUCGCGUGCUCUGCCCCUUCGCAGUGAAAGGAGUGCCUUAUUCAGAGCAUCUCCUUCGACAUGCCGUCUCACGCAACACUACGCUCUGUCUGGUCGCACAUUCUCAACUUCUGCGCAACGGGAUGCUACAUGGGGAUUCAUUGGGCUGGGCCAAAUGGGCUACAACAUGGCUAAGAACCUGCGCGCUAAGAUUCCUGAGACGGAUACCUUGAUUAUUCGAGACGUGAAUGAAGAUAACAUGUCUAAAUUUGUGAAGGAAGCGAAAGAAAUUGCUAGGAGCAGCGGCGCUGCUGACGACGUUUCGGAGGUUCUGGUGGCUCAGACCGCGAGAGAACUUGCGGAAAAGUCGUCCGUGAUCAUCACCAGCCUUCCAGGGCCGCAGCAUGUCAAGGAUGUCUAUCACUCUAUUCUACGAGAAGGUGAACUUCCCAAGCUAGAAGAAGAGCGACUGUUCAUCGAUACGUCAACAAUCGACCCUGCUUCAUCAAAGGAAAUCGCGAACGCUAUACAAACCACAUCCCAAGGGCGCUUCGUCGAUGCACCUGUAUCGGGUGGUGUGGUGGGUGCGCGUGCUGGCACAUUGAGCUUCAUGUUCGGUGCCACUUCGCAGACUGGUCAAUUUCUUGAUCGCGUGCGAUCCGUGCUACUCAUGAUGGGGAAGAAGGCGUGGCACAUGGGCGCCCCGGGAGCCGGCGUUUCAGGCAAACUGGCGAACAAUUACAUCCUGGCGAUCAACAACAUUGCGACCGCGGAAGCAAUGAACCUUGGCAUGCGCUGGGGGUUGGAUCCCAAGGCUUUGGCGGAGCUUGUUAAUUCGUCGACUGGCCGGUGCUGGCCUAUGGAAGUUAACAACCCCGUACCUGGUGUGGUCGAGACGGCACCGGCAUCUCGUGGUUACGAGGGAGGGUUUGGAGUGAGUCUUAUGAAUAAGGAUCUUCGACUGGCCAUUACUGCUGCGGAGGAGUCGCAAACACCUUUGGCGCUGGCAGAUACUGCUCAGAAGGUGUAUAAUGCUGUUGAAGAGGAACACCGUGGGAAAGACUUUUCCGUGGUGUACAAGUGGCUGAAGGAGCACUCGCAAUGA